AUGGAGGCAGCCCCCGGGGCCUGGCUAGGCCCAGGCCGGGCUCCCAUGCGCGCCAGGUCCCGGGUGACCCGGCUGCCCGCGCUUGCUGCGGGCUGCACCCACCCGCCCAGCCCCUGUAUGUGCCGGCGGCGGGGAUGGGCCUAUCUCCGCGCUGACAGGGCCCGAGCGCCUGCGGCCGCAGCGAGCUGCGACCCGCACCCCUGCUCCGCGGGCCCUGCCUAGGCGGGGGGGCUGGUCAACGUCCGUUCAAAGUAACUUCCCGCCCAGGCCAGGCUCCGUUCCCGGCCAGCGGGACUCCGCCGCCCCGGCCAUGUGAACGCCAGGCUGCUCGGGCCGGCACAGCAUCGUCCUGGAAAUCUGCGUGCGCACAAAUUGGGAAACUGGAAACAUCCCCACGCUGGGGUGAGGUGGGGGCUAUUCAUGGGUGUUAUCCCCACCCUUCACAUGCUUCCUCCACAGUGCCUGUCUGUGCUGUCCGUUGUCCUUUGUAAAGCAGGGUGAAAUGCCGGUCAAGAUCUCGGUGUGCAGUAUCGGUCAUGAUGAAGAGCCGGCUACCUCUUGUUCUCCUUGCGUGCGGCUCCUUUAACCCCAUCACAAACAUGCACAUGCGUUUAUUUGAGCUGGCUAGAGAUCACCUUCAUCAAACAGGAAGGUACCGGGUGAUUGAAGGUAUCAUUUCUCCAGUCAGUGAUAACUAUGGAAAAAGAGGCUUGGUUUCAGCAAAGCACCGGAUAGCAAUGGCUCAACUUGCACUGGAGACAUCGGACUGGAUUAGAGUGGAUCCAUGGGAGAGUGAACAGGAGAAAUGGACUGAGACUGUAAAGGUGCUGAGGCACCAUUAUAAUGAGUCGCUCAGAUCGCUCCAGUUCAGGAAGGAACUCAUGAGAAACAAUUGGCCUAUAGAAAGAGCUACUGAGGAUUUCCUUUCUUCAUUGGACCCAGUUUCCCCAGAGGUAAAGCUGCUUUGCGGAGCUGACAUUCUGAAGACGUUUAGUACACCUAAUCUCUGGAAGGAGGAGCAUAUUAAAGAAAUAGUAGAAAAGUUUGGUUUGGUGUGUAUUAGCCGUGCUGGCUCUGACCCUGUUCAGUACAUCAGUGAAUCAGAACUUCUGACUCGAUUCCAGCACAAUAUCCACCUGGUCACAGAAUGGAUUCAGAAUGAAAUCAGUGCCACGCAUAUACGACAUGCUGUAUGCAAAGGACUAAGUGUGAAGUACCUCAUUCCAGAUUCUGUCAUUUCCUAUAUUAAGCAUUAUAAUAUCUACACAGAAGAGAGUGAGAGGGAAAAAUAAAGGGGAUUUAACUUCAGCCUCUUAAACUACACAACACAAUGAUAAACACACUAAAUGAUUGACGUCUUUAUUCCACGAAAUGGGGAGAACACAAUGGCAUUAAUUUUUGGAAAAUCCCUGCAAAGGCACAAUCUUUGUGUAUGGAGGAAAGUGAAGUAGGUUGUGGGGAGCUGCAACUAGCUAUACUUCUGAACAUUUGUAGAGUAAUUCAGAAAAGUUUUUGUAUUAUAUUACUACUGAGGUCAUGCUUUCCUAAGCUGUUAUGUGCAAAGGGCUAUCGGUUUUAAGAUCUCCGCUAAGAGUUAAUUUACAUUACAUUUCUUCUGUUUUUAACACAAAUAUUAAAAUCUUUAGUAAUUGUUGAGGGAUUCUUGUGAUGACUUAAAUGACCUCAAGGGCUGUAGUUAGUGCUUUCCUGUAUUAUAAUCUUCUAAUACCAGGAACUGUUUCAGUGGUCUUGGCCAUUCACAGAUAGUGAGAGUAAAAUUGUCAUUUUCCUUCUCAGGAAUAUUUUCAAUAAACUGCUAAAAUGUACAUAGUUAUUGCCACAUUUCUACUUUAUAGGAUCCUGAAAAAAAUUAUUUCACUGUAUUACUUAAUACCGUUCAGUUUAUGCGUAUAUAUGUUGGCAGAUCAGAAAUAAAGCCCUGAUUCAGGAAAGCACUUAGGCAUGUGCUUAAAUCCCAUUAUUUUCAAUCCAGCUCAUAAUGAGACCUUUAAAGGGGGUUCUUUGCUUUGCUCUUGAGUCCUAUAUGCUAGUCCAGUCCCCUGGCGUAGUUUAGAGCAACUAGCUGUCAAAACCCUGAAGCUGUUGAUAUGGCAGCCCAGCUAUAAGGGAGCCCCAGCCAUGUCCCCUAUGUCAACAUCAAGAAGAGUGAGCAGCACUGGAGAUUCUACACUCUCUUUCCUUGCAUUCAGGUGAGAAUUAUCUGAACAACUCACUUGAUUCUACUGUUCUUGUUCCCUUUCCUUCUUGCAUGAAUAGCCCCUAGAGAUGUCUCAGCAGUUCUGAAGCCUAGUAAUGCCAGCCAAAGUUUUGAAAGAUUUUGUUAAUAAUUUAUGGGAAGUGGUGAAAUUUAUCUGCUGCUUUCCCUUAAGUAAUCUUUGAGUUUUCCCAACUCAGCAGUCUGUGGAUGUCCUGUAUAAAAUCAUACAAAUUCAAUACAAUGAUUGUUCACACCAUAUGCUCUUUUGGUGUCAUGGGAUUCAUUUCAACAAUGAGAUUGUGUUUUGCUUUGGCUUUCAUAACACACACAUGCUGCAUUCUACUUUGUGUAUAAUGCUUAGAAGUUGCAAUAAAAGAGGAUAUUUUCCAAAAA